UCGUGGCGCGUCCACCUUUGUGACGAAGUCACUUACGAACCGGAUUGACCUGACAAAAACUUAAAUAUUCAGCACCCGAAUUGACAGGCCUAAUCAAGCACGUUAAAUCGCCGCGAGCUACCAGUCCCUAAAAGUAGAGACGGGGAACAGUGCAGGAAACGUUGCGUGCGCAUUGCUGUCGGAUCACACCGCGGAACGACCAGCUGUUCCUUUUCCACCGUCUGCCAGUCAAAGACCGUGCUAUUACAGCCACUGUUCUCAAGUACAUGUACAGUACAUGCGCAUCUUCAUUGUGCGAUAGAAACAUGAACGGUAGACAAUCGAACAACAUAUCUCGCGCAUGGUGCGCGCCAGCGCCCAAGAAAUUAAUUUUUUGCAGGAUCAUUACAAACAUGUUAAAAGUCUACAGUGCCUCUAGUGAAUAGUCCUAAACGGCGUCCAUGUAGUGCUGUCCCAUACCACCAAGCCCAUGGUACACAAGUCUUGGACCGAAUAAUUAAUGUUUUCUUUGUAGUGCCUUUUCCACCUUUCCUUCAAUAUAUUUCUGUUCCUUUCUCAAUGUAACUGAUCCAGGUCUCAACGGUCGUAAGUUUUAAAUAUUUAUAUUUCAAAUUUAUUAUGCAACAAAUGAGAAAAGACAUCGACGGCAAUCUUUCCUUUUAAUCACGUCUGCUGAUUCAUUCUGUCCUCGAUUAAUCUUUCCAUUUCGGAUUACUGGUAACAGUUAUCUUACUAAUCUAUAUACGUGUAUAUCUGCGAUAAGUACGUAUAUCUGUAUUUAGUUGUAAAUACCGAUCUAUCAUCUAUGCACGAUUUUGUCACGUUUAUCAUGUAAAGUUGUACAAACCUUCAGUCUGGGUUUUUAUUGUAUACAAAGUGUGUAUAACGCUGUGCUAACAUGAUCGUUCUAUAUGUGAGGUCUGGUUGACAGAGACUUACUUUGGACAAAUCACAGAGCAUGAACACAAACGUGUAGCCGCGGGUCCGGUUUGACGUGAAAAUGCAGUGCCUCCUAAUGACCAUUACUUAAUACAGAUAUUAAACCUCCUUGUAAACCAGUAAUUACUUCGUGAACAAUUGUACACUUCACCAUCCUCAUCAGUUUAAUGUUUGAGUAAUACUUUAUAUUACAUAAUAUAUCUUGAGAUUGCCAGUGAUUAAUCCUCGUCGCGGACAAAGUCCGAAUGAAAAAUUUUAUGGCAGUCCUUUUACAUUAAAACAAUUAUGCAAGCCAUUUCAAAUGCCUAUAAUCCUGUUUUGUAAUAAUUAUUGAUCCUCAGUAGUAUCAUUUAUAGGGAACAGAAUAGCUACAGACGAUAAUGUAUUACACUUAAUACGACGUUUAUUUCCUUUGUGUGAAACUUUUUUGCUGUCACAGUCUAAGUGUACGUUAAUUGGGGUUGAACUUUCUGUGAAUACCCAGGAUACAAACACCAUUUUGUUCAAAGGGGAAAUUGUUAAAGGCGAAUGAACUGCUUCGUGGUAUCAGUUGCGUUUAUUUCAAAAGUUCAAGGCAGUUUUACACCACUGCACGCUGCCAGCUACAGUUGGCCAUCAUGAAAUGGGAAGUUCAACAUGAAAACGAGACCCUCUUAAACCUCACUGGUGGAAAUUGAAACGGUUGCUUUUCUACGGUUGAAUACAGUGGUGUGCAAAAUUACUUGAAUACGGCAUAUUUUAGGUAGGCCUACAGUGUAAACGUACAUGCAUUUUAGUUCCCUUGAUGAAAUGGCAUUCAGUGCAGUGAAUCUAUCCAUGAAAUUGUUUUCAACAUUAGUGCUUGAAUACAUGUACAUGGGCAAAAUUAUUCGAACAUUCUGACAUUCUGCAUACGCACAUUCUCCGUUUGGUUCUCAGCUGUUCAAACUUGGAUACAUUAAUCUAAAGGACUUUAGACCAAUCAUCCUUUGUCUAAUGUUUGUAUUCGCAAAAUUCAGGCACUUCACUCUAUAGGUCUCCUUCAACGAUGGCUUCUUAGCUGCUAAUCUGUCAACAAGUCAACCUCCGAUGCACAUGUCAAAGAAGAAAGUGUCACACCAUCAGUCAGCAUGCUGUUGAUGUCAUCUCGAAGCUACCUUGAGCUGUUUCUCCGGUCUCCAAUACUUAGAGUAAUGUCUCUCUGAAGUUUCUGCUUCCACCCUUUCCCCUCAUGGUGUUGGUAUAAAUUGGUGUCCAUACACCUAUCCAAAGUGUGUUUUACAGAGCUUGGGCUGCAACUUUUGUCUGUGGUUAUUGAUCGGUUACUCCAUCCGGCAACAGAAAGGGCCUUUAUUUGUGCCCUUUGCUAGGUUGUAAGUUCCUUCUUUGCCCUUUUCCCGUUCAAGCUGUGGUGAUCUGUGCUCUGGGUUAGUUUGGAUGGCCUUAUAUACUCGUUCUGCUAAUAGGGGAUUUUCAAAAUGUGUUCAAAAAUUUUAUGCAUACUUUGUUGACGAACGGUUGUUGCUGCUGAUGAUCACCAAAGCCUGUCAAAGCUUGUCAGCCAGUCUCCAGUUGACAGACAGAGCAUAUUACCCGAAAGUGCCCUCUGCAUGGUUCCUAUCAGAGCUACACAUACAUGUACUCACAACAGGAUAUUUUGCGUGGUGCUACCGCAAACCUGUUACCUCUACUUGCUACCUCCACCAUGAAGAACUUGAAAUCUUAACUAAUGCAUGGAAAGAACAUUGCUACCGAUUCGGAAAACAAACAAACAAACUGCAUAAUGAUGAGCAAGAAGUGAACGAAUAGCUGGUUACUAGAGUUAGCUGGAUUCUACGUCCUUAAAUUUGAAAACAUCAGAUAACCGGUAUAUUUCACGACAAGCAAUUUCAGUCUCAAAUGUGCCAAGUUAUCAAAUAAUUUCCAUCUAUACAAAACAUUUGAUGGUAUAUGGAUUGCCAUUUCAUACUGAAGAACCUAAUACGAAGUGUUGAGAUAAUUUUGCACACCACUGCAGGCCUAUAUUGGAAAGUGCAAUAAAAAAGUGGUCGUCCAAACAACGGGGUUCUCAAUGAAAAUAGGACAAAAAGUCUGCAAUAUACUACCCGAUGGCAUUAACUGGAUUAUGUUUAUCAGUUGUGAUAGUGAACAUGGCCCAAAUUAAAGAAAAAUUCAAAUUAUUCUGGCGAGAUAAUCCCUUUAAAAUAAAAGACUGAAUGUUUUCCGUGAACAUCGUUCAAGGGGACACUUCUAAACAAAUUUAUUUGUGUUUUUUUCAUCUGUAAAUGGCUUUUAUAAAUUACAAAGUACAAAAUCAUUAACAGUGGCAAUUAUAGGCUUGAAAAUCUAUUACCCAAAAAAGUAUGAUUUUAUCAUUAGAAGCAUUUACAAGAAAACAAAUAAUGCAGUUUUAAAUCUUUUCAUGUAUCUCAAUUGUUAUCGGACAAAUUCUAGGAUAUUCUCGAAAUUAGCAACAUAAAGCUGGAUCUGCUCAGAUUUUAUUAGGGAUGCUCGCGAUAUGAAAGCGUUUAUACUCGAUUUAUCGCGAUUUAAUCCAAUACCUCUCGCUUCUAAUAAGAGAGUGUUAUGUUCUAAUAAACAACUGUAUUUCUAUAUUACAUAAACGUUGUCUUCAUUUCACUGUUACGUGGAAUGUCCAGCAAGAAGUUUAAAAUGAUGACGAUCCCGAUGCUGACGUAAUGACAUUACCGAGUUGAGGGCACUGCCGUCCGCAAAUGUCUGACAUUACACAGUUUUCCUUUUGAACGAAUGAUCACGAUACACAAGUCAUUCCGGACGCAAAAUAGGUUGCAUACAACGUUGCGUCUUAAACAUGUCGAUCUUAUAGGAAAGUGUUCACAUUGGGUAGAAUUUCUGAACUUCUGUGUUUUGAGAAAAUGGUCCCAGCUCUAGGGCUUGGCUUCCACAACCGUUCUAUGAAGUAUUCCCACAAAAGACGCUACCCGGAAGUAACAUUUAGUUCUCCAAAUGGUUGGCUUUUCUAGUAUUCUAUUAAAGUUUAUUGUAUUUUCUACUUAUACUGACAAAUCAUUUCAAACUCUUGCUGCGUUGCGGGACAUAAUCAAGUAACACAACCCACUUUUUUGUCCAUUUGAAAUUUACAAGUUUACUUUGCAAGUGUUUGCAAGUGUAAAUCCAGCAUGUCGGACUAUUUAAGCUAAAGGGCAAGGCUUGGUGGGUCGGUCUCAUCGAACUCCACUGCUUGACACGCCUCCAGCACGGAGGCUUAAAAGCCCUGUCCGCACUGAUCUUUUGUUUCCCCGAAGGUUGGUAAAAUGGAAAAUAGUCCACGUGCCCACGUGUUAGUAGUACACGUGCCGCACGUACACAUCAGUGAAACGUUCGACGCGCAUGCGUACUUUCCAAUUGUGGAUCACGCCAUCGUGCUCGGGCAAAAUACAAAAGCAUCAUAAUUCUGUGGUUUUACCUUUGUAGCUCUAUAGUUUACUGACCAGGGCUAUCGGCACUGGACUUUCCAUCUCUAGAAAAGUGACCUGGACAUUUUUCUGGGUAGGCGUUGCAAAAUAACCGCGCGACUGGGUGAAAGUAACAUUGAGGACAAUUUCCAGGGAUAUCCACACUGGGGACCUGAAAUGGAAAACGUAACCAUCGACUAAGUUUCACCAAAAGUCCAGUGCGGACAGGGCGCAAUGAUUUUUUCCGCACCUAAUAUUCGCUACGGUCCCAUAGAGUUGUGCACAUAUGAUGCAUAAGGGUCAAGGUCGCAAGAUACAAAAUGUGCACCUGCAAGUACUUGAGCAGUACGGUUCCGUCACAGUACUACGGCAACCAAGGGCGAUAAUUCUGCAAACUUUGGCCGCUCAUGCGAACAAUGGGAAUGAAGGUGGUCCAAAGAGUGAAGGAAUCUCAUUUAUCUGACAGAGCCAUGGUUGAGUUGUUCGAUCAUGCAGCGUAACCGUGGUCGAGCAACGUCAGCUUGCAUGCACACACUGCUACUACCCGCUGUUACGUCAUGAUAUGGUCAGUGGAACUGUUAUGUGCAACAUCUGUGUCUCACUCUCAGCUCGCUGGAUGUGCCACCAUUUCCUCGCUCUGCGCUACUGCUGAUAUUAUGUACUGUACAUGUACUCGCAUUCUGGAUGAGUAACAGCAGGAUGUACGAUGUGUGCAUUGUGGGGGCAGGCAUGUGGGGGGCGACUGCUGCCCGCCACGCCUCCAAACAGACGGGAUUAAAGGUGUGUGUGGUUGGACCAGAAGAACCCACGUUACAGGAAUUUGCAGACAGCGAGGUCUUUGGCGCGCACUACGAUGCCGGGCGUAUUUACACCACGGUCCAAGGUAGUGAUACCAUCGGCCGCAUACGGGGGUUGGUCAGUCAACGCUCCAUAGAACGUUUCGCUGAAGUUGAGGAACUGUCAGGUAUCAGUUUCCAUGAGGAGUGUGGCUUUAUAUUUUUUGGCGAGGUCGAUGCUUUCUACGAUAGUAUCCCCGAAGGUCUUUCACUCGAAACGGCAGUCAGUAUUCGAGGCCGCUAUCCGUACCUUGACACUGGAAUGGAUGGGCCGACCGCCAUCUUCGCUAAGCGCAACUCCGGCUACCUCAAUGCCCGCAAGUAUGUGCAAGCACAGCUACUCGUCGCUCGUCGCCAGGGUUGUGACAUCAUCAAUGCUGUUGUGUCCCUCGUGACCGAGGACGACCAAUCGGUCAGCGGGGGUAUGCAGGUCAAGACGGAAUCAGGGAGGUGUAUCAUGGCACGGAAAGUCCUGCUUUGCACCGGCGCCUUCACGCCGUUUAAAGAUCUACUGCCUCCAGGUCUCCAGCUGGAUGCGACGGUCACCUCCGAUAUUACCAUCCGAUUUGAGCUCGACGAUGAAGAUAUAAAGAGACUGCACGACAUGCCCUGCUUGACCUCAGAAUUCAGCAAACCAUCCCCGAGGGAGUGCUACAUCCUCCCACCAAUUAGGUAUCCCGAUGCCAAGGUGUAUAUCAAGAUAGGUCACGGGCAGUUUGUGGACACCACACUCGACACGCACGAAGAAGUGCGACGCUGGUACAUCGACGAAGCAGACGCCAAGGUGGUAGAUAUACUAAAGGACAUAUUCCAUAGCGUUGUUCAAGGGGUCAAGCCGUUAUCUGAGAUAUACUACACCUGUGCCGAUUUGGACACACCCACGAGGCUCCCCUACUGUGACAUGGUAUCGCCCGGCCUCGGGGUUCUUGUUGGUGGAAACAGCCUGGGAGCGACCAUGGCCGAGGAAAUGGGGAGGAUGGGAGCCGACAUGAUCACUGGGGAGGCGAACUGGAACCGUGAUAUUCCCAAAGAGGUCUUCAAAGCGAGAUAUACCAAUAAAUAAGCAUAGACCGAUCGAUCCAUGCCCUCUCGUUGUAACUGGGUUGUUUUGAAUAUGUCAUUAUUUUCAUAGUUAAUCGAAUUUUUCUAGACUUUCUUUUUCAGCAUUCAUAAAUUCAGCAAGUGAAAGGUUCACAGUUUGUUUUGAAAAAAAAGACAGCUCUCCUCUACAAACUCAGUUUUAUGUUAAAGAAAUUUCCUAUUCAUGUUUUUGAUAUAAGAAUCUAAUUCAAAAUUUUAUAAUGUUCACUAGGUAAUUGACAAAUUCACCAAAUUACGAAUAUUUAUGUAAAAAUAUUGCAUUAAGUUGAUAGCAGUACGGGGCAUUUCUGAUUUUUAGGAAUGAUUUUUGAAAGUAAAAAAGAGUCAGGUCUUCGUAAGUUGGUA